CACUGGGCGUUGGGUUCACAAGUUCAGCAUGUCCGUUGUGUCGCCAUUCUAGAAUCAAAUACAAGUCCUCAACGGCGUUACUAUCGUCUUGUGCCACUGGAAGAAAAAUGUAGGGAUUCUCUCUGAGUUGGUGGCUCCAACGCUAGUCGAUAACUUGCGUCGGUUUUCGCAGUUCACUUCUGAAUGGCGUUGCGCCGAGAACUCAUCGCGUCGGUGGACGCAUGGGCGCCGACUGGCACCUUCAAGUUCGAUGGGAGCACCUCGGACCUCGCUUUGCAGCUCUACCUGCGCUCACAAGAUGGAGACGAGAUCGCUCCACUGGUCUUUUCUUCAAUACCAGAUACCGUCACUUCGAGACUAAAUGAAGUGAACGUGGCGUUCGAGGACUUGGAUGGCUUCGCUCAGCGUGCGGUUCUCUGGGACAGCGGGUUUGCAAUGACUCUCGACGGUGACGUGAAGCAGAUCUGGACGCUCAAUGGGUUGUCCAUGGCGGAGAUCGCGCUGACUUUGGAUGAAUAUGAAGCUACCAACUGCACGGCCUUCAAGUGCACGCAACCGGAUGGCACCGCAGGCUUUAACAACAACCUCUGCACUGGGACAGAAAUAUUCAGGGGGGUCAAGUGCGUCGUGGAGGAGCACGAACAGAGCAACCGAGGUCUGGCUAUGUGGUCUGUUGGUGGAGAGUCCACUAUGAUCCCGGAGAUUGAGCUUGUAAAACACACCUGGAAGGACGGUGAGGACUACAAGGUGUACGCGGUGCACACGUUGGAUGUCACUUCAGAACGGAGCUACGGUGGCUGCCCCACCACGGAGACCUACGGAUACCUGAACAUCCCGUGCUAUGGAACCGAUGAUGUUCCAGCCAACGAGCUAACGGUGCCAGCGCCUUCGGAUUGGGUCACAUCGUGGGCUCAGUCAUUCGCUGCUAACACCGACGGGGGGUCAUCAACAGGCUCGAGUACUAACCCAAACGCGAAGGUUUCAGAUUCCUCAGCAUCCUCAGAAGACGACAGUACUGGCACCAGCGUUGUUUUGCUGGGUGGAUCAAUUGGAGGUGCACUCUGUCUUCUGCUCAUCAUUGUGCUAGUAGCACUGUUCGUUGUAGCCAGACGAAGAAGAAAAGAGUCCGAAUCUGAAGAUCGAGGAUCACCAAAGGCAUUUGGUCAUGCGGAGUUGGUAUCGCCAGACCCAACACACUGGGACGACCAACGCACUACAGUCUCUACCCACACUCGCCCUACAGUUGAUGAUUCCUUGCCACGUUCCGGAUCAACCGUUCCUUUGUCGGAAUAUUCCUGGUCGAACGGCGGCACUAACUACAGCGGUACCAGCUACCAACCAGGCUCCGCCGUUCGGUCUAACGAAGGGAACUUCCGCUUCGCGGGACAGAGUGUUGCAACUCGCUCUUCCAAGACCCAGGAGACUGACCGACUGUCAGCUCCUGCGCCUGCUGUAUCAUCUAUGGUAUACAAUGAGAGCACGCGCACGUUCGGGUCUAAAGGCGCUCCACCGGCUUACGAAGAAGCUCUACGGACUUGGGAAGCAAAGGAGUUGGUUGCUCCACUUGAGAGGAUACGAGGUUUAGGACCAGUCAAUGCGCUAAGAGUACUGGCAUUAGACUCGAAUGUCGAUCGAAGACGCCUCCCACUCGAUCAAGUACUGAUCGAGCAGCAACUUCCCAUGACGACACUCCAGGCCGAUUCAUUCAUCGGUCGAUACAACGGACAGCAAGUUCUGCUUAAACGCCUCGCUCCUAGUCCGAACGUCAACGUUGCUGCAGUGGAAGAAAUGGCGUUCGAGAUCCAGCAACGGGCUCACGUUAGGCACCCAAACCUGGUGCAUCUGAUAGGUGCUGGCUGGACUUCAGUCCACGAUCUGGGCAUGGUCGUUGAGUUCUUACCGCAGGGGUCACUGCGAACGUAUCUAGACCGAAAUCAGUCAAGCUUUCGCGCUUGGACAACCCAGAAAACAGUCAUUACUGGAGGAAUUGCUCGUGCUCUCGCUUAUCUACAUGCACAGGAUUAUAUGCACCACGAUAUCUGCGCUAAGAAUGUGCUGCUCACGGACAAGCUGGAGGCGAAGUUGGCGAGUUGCGGGUCAACUGAGACGAGUCCGUUUGCUGCAACAAUUGAGAACUCUCGACAGGACUUGUGGAUCGCACCUGAAGUGCUCAAUGGUGCUCCAUACUCGCCUGCAGCCGACAUCUAUUCGUUCGGAGUGCUGCUCACCGAAUUGGAUACGUGCGAGAUGCCAUACUUCGACGCUCGAUUGAAGAGCGGCGAUGCUGUGGAAAUAUCCAAGAUUGUAGCGCUAGUGAAGGAAGGACGUCUGCGACCAAGCUUCAGCGCUGAGUGUCCGGAAUUCAUCCGACAGCUCGGUGAAGCAUGCUGUCAACAAGAUCCCGAAAACCGCCUCACCGCACAACAGAUCGUACAGCUCUUGGAAGGAAAAUAACAUCGUAAAGGAAGGUUUAAAAAGUAAUGAAAUACUAUCCUCCGUGUUUGUUGAUGUCGGACGGAUCUGGUUAUCUUCAGGAG